AUGCGGUUCCGCACCGAAUUGAAAAAUAUUCGCACGUUUGCAACACCAUCCAUACAUCCAAACAUCUAUCCGUUCGCUCCAUCAAACCGAGAGCUAACCGUGCCCCGAGAACUCACCGCGGCGCUCGCGAGCUUGGAAAAGAUUGCGUGGGUUCGCCUCAGCGAUGACACGGCCCGCUUCACCGUCAUCCCCGACAUGGGGUCCCAAGUCUGGGCCUCCAUCGCCAUGGACCUCAUCUUCGACGGUCACAUCAUCCAGUCCGCCGAAGCAUCCAACACCAUCAACCUCGAGCUCCCCCUCCAACCCCUCCAGCGAGCCCUCCGAUCCGCCCUCAACAGCAUCUCUGCGACGCUGCGUCUUACGAAGAAGGAUGGCCUGCCCAUCCUCUCCAUGACCAUCACCACCACGACGUCGAAUGCGGCAGCCAAGUCCGCCCCCGCCGCUGCCGCCCCCGCCGUCACCGCCAGUGAUGACCCCUUCGCUGACGACGACGACGACGACGGCUUCUUCCAGCCCGAGCAUCUCGAAACGUCGCUGCGGAGGGAGCAUGAGAAGAUCAUCACCCAGGACAUUCCCGUCCGGGUCCUCCACCCAGAGACGGUCGAGAUGAUCAUGCAGCCCAAGGUGCGAGAACCGGACGUCCACAUUCAGCUGCCGCCGCUGCUGCAACUGAAAGCCAUAUCGGACCGCUUCACGAAGCUCGCCCUUGCGUCUGGUGCUGCCAACAGGUCACCGAAGCUGGAGAUCAGCGCCAACAUGCACGGCAGUUUACGUCUUCGCAUCACCACCGACACCAUCGACAUCGCCAGCGUCUGGUCCGACUUGGAGAACCCGGAGCUUGAUCCCGCCCAGCUCGAUAGGCCGCUCGAGCAGCACCCUAGCACCAAGUUCCGCGACGCCGGUCCGGGCCGUUGGGCCACAGUACGCGUCGACGGAAAAGACUGGAGCAGGGUGCUCAGUGUGGGGAGGCUCGAAGGCAGAGUCAUUGCCUGCUUCGCAGACGACCAUGCCCUGAUAUUAUACGUCUACGUGCCACAUUACGAUGAUUCCUCGACGGAGGACUCUGUCGUCACCUACUACGUCCAAUCCUACAGCGUUUGA